AGAAAAAAAAUACAUUAAGAUAAUUUUAUAAUUUUAUAUUCAGAAAUGUUUUUAUUUUUUGUUUUCUUGAAUAUCUAUGAAGAAGAAAAAGCAUUUCAAUUUAUCUUGUUUGCGUUACAACAAAACAGUAAGUUCAAUGCAGCUUGAGUGGCAUUUAAAUAGAGUAACGACAGUAUGUUUCAACAUGUUUAAUUCAUAAACGACAUACAACCACCAGUCGUAUUCAUGUACGGGCGUCACGAGGUAGAACUGUUUUACAUAAACUGCUGCGAACAUAAGUAUGCUCAAUUAGUAGCGAAACAAAACAAAACGAGAGAUACACACAGUGAGCAUAGUUUUUCGAAAAAACGGAAACAAAAAAAAAGUGAAGACAGUUUGAUGUUUGGCAAACAUCUUCACAUACAAUGCCGAAAUCAUUUUUGCUGAAACGUAAAUUCAAAGAAGAUUUACAAUAUGAGGAUGAAUAUGAAAGUGAUGAUGAAGGGUGGAGGAUAGAAACCGAUAGCAAAGUGGAUAUGUGCAGUGUUGAAGAAGAUCGGGAUGAUUGCUCAAGCAACACCAGUGACUGUCCAAGUAGCAGUAGUGAAAAAGAAAAUCGAACCAAAACCUCCCAAAUUGAGAAAGGUGACAUCAUAAAAGGAGAUGAUUUAGAUGGAGUUGACUACCCACACUCCUUCUUAGAGUUUCUCAAUGAUGAGAGGAUUCAGAGGAGUUUAGAAUCGUUUGGAGAAAAUUGUCUAGAAAAAGAACGAAAUGAAGCCAGACGAAUCAAUUAUGAGAUGCUGCAAAAGUCUUUCUUUAAUUUUGCAAAUCAAAAAAGAACCAUCCCGAUAAAGUACGAACAAAAUAAUCAUUUAUCUCCUCCUUUGGUGCCUUUUCGUCACCCUCCAUCUUAUCACUACAAUUCAGUGCAUCACAAUCUUCCCUAUCACAUGCCAGAAGGAUUUCAAUCGCGCCCUCCCACACCGUUGUUAAAUUCGUCGCAACAUAAGGUAUCAGACCGAUUAUAUCCAUGCAAGGUCUGCGGGAAAGCGUUCAAACGUUCGUCUACCUUGACUACACAUAUGAUGAUACACGCCAACAUCCGCCCAUUUGCAUGCACAUUUUGUGGCAAAAGGUUUCAUCAAAAAUCUGACAUGCGCAAACACACAUACACACAUACGGGAGAGAAACCACACAGGUGUAACUUUUGUGGCAAGUCAUUCAGUCAGUCGUCAAAUCUUAUUACUCACUGUAAGAAACAUAAAAAUUUCAAGCCGUUUCGGUGUAGCAUAUGCACGGAAGAUUUUCAACAAAAAAUUGACUUGCGCAGACAUAUGUACACCCAUCAAUCAAAACCAACUGACAUUUAACUAUUGGGCGUUACAAUACGCCAUAUUCGUUGUCAGGGUAAUGAAUGCGUCAUUUGGUUGAGCAAAGGAGAUAUUUACGAACUCAAUAUUUACAUCUUCGAGGGCAAGGUUUACAUUCUGCGGGAUCUGGUUUAAUGAAUUGACAAUUGAAGUUAUCAAUGAAGGACAAGACCCAUCAAUGAAGUAAUAGUCUCAAAAUAACAUUUGUCCAUUUUUCCAUGCACAUCGGAGGCCUUUAAUUUUUACACGUUUUCCAGCCACACAUAGCAAUUGAAACAAAGCAACUUUUAACAACACCACAACAAAUGCACCAAAGAAAUGUUGCAUGCACAUUUUGUGAAGCAUCCUAUUGUGUGAGGAUAAAAUUAUUUGUUUUAUCGUGUUUUCAUGUUUGUGUUGUUUGUUUAUUUGUUUAUUUGUUUAUUUGUUUAUUUGUUUAUUUGUUUAUUUGUUUAUUUGUUUAUUUGUUUAUUUGUUUAUUUGUUUAUUUGUUUAUUUGUUUAUUUGUUUAUUCGUUUAUUCGUUUAUUCGUUUAUUCGUUUAUUUGUUUAUUCGUUUAUUCGUUUAUUUGUUUAUUUGUUUAUUUGUUUAUUUGUUUAUUUGUUUAUUUGUUUAUUUGUUUAUUUGUUUAUUUGUUUAUUUGUUUAUUUGUUUAUUUGUUUAUUUGUUUAUUUGUUUAUUGUGUAGUUGGAUAGUUUAGUAGCCUUAGGGUAUGAAUGAUGUGUAGAGGUGUUAGUUUCAAUUUGUUUGUUUAUUUGUUUUCUAUUAUCAAUUUAAUAAUAGAUCGUGUUGAUUACCAUUACGUCAUUCAAUAAUAACAGUGUCAGGUACUUUUUUUAUAUAUGUCAAGUUACUGUUCUCUCCUAUGUUUUUUUUGCAUUGUACAUAAUAUAUUGUAAAAUAAUUUUAUAAUAAUGUUUCAUAGUGACCUUUAUAUUAUUAAAUUUUGUAGAAAAAUAUCACCCCUUAAGGUCUGUUUACACGUAUCCAUCGCGGUACAGCUUUUAGUGUGUUUGUUUUAGACUACGUAGUUUGUAUGCUUUCUAUAGAACGCAAAUUGUUAAAUAUUAAAUAUAGAUUUUUCUGCGUACUUAAGGCUGGUUUUCAUUAACAUAAAAAUUGUUGAGCAACUGUUGUACCGCAGGCACUGAUAUAAAUUCGAUGAAAAUACAAGUUGUAAACAAAGCAACACAACGGAAGUUGCACAAAAAAUGUUGUUAAGAUGAAAUCUUUUUUUCUAUGUCUACAACAGUUGCAUGAAAGUUACAGAUUCUAAUGGAAACCAAAGUUUUAGGGAAGUCGUUUGUGCAAAUUUAUGUUCUUUAUAGAUGACGCCCAUACUUUUUUUUGUAUUUUUAUAUGCUUUUUUUACCAACCUAAAAAUGUUAUUUAUUUCCAAGAAAUAAAACAUUCUAAAUGUA